GAGUGUAAACUAGAUAAUUUAGACAAAAAACAUGUUUUGGUUCCAGGCUGUAAACAUGUUUAUUUCUGCUGUGAAAUUGGUAUUUUUAACAUGGGAGUCAAUGAGGAUUUGCUCGCUUCUGACACCAGCCCCCAGCGGAUGAGGGUGGAACUGAAAUUUUUGGUACUUCCGGGUUUGAUUCAAUUUCAGAGCUGCAUUGUGGGGGCUUGGUAUGCACCAAACUACAGUUCAGACUACCCACCCUGCCGCUCAGUGGGAAUGGGAGAAGAGCGUGUGUGUGUGUGUGUGUGUGUGUGUGUGUGUGUGUGUGUGUGUGUGUGUGUGUGUGUGUGUGUGUGUGUGUGUGUGUGCGUGCACGCCUGUUCUCUGCAUCGGAGCUCUUGCCCCGGCGAGCAGACACCUGUUCAGGGUAGAAAGCAGUGUGUGGCACAAGAUUAUGAGGACACACAUGGCAAAUAAUAAAAUAACGUGGUUCAUGAAAAGCAACACAGCUCAUGCCCGUCUUUGUUUACCUUAUUAUGGCACUCUUUUACCUUAUUAUGGUUUAUCUUCUCCUGGCACUCACAGAGCACAGUCGCUUCUGCUUUGCUCACUUAUCUUUUUUUCCCAAGGCUCUUUUUGUCCUGCCUGCCUACAGAGCGCUUCUCUGCAUUUCCUCUGGAAAUCGCUAUUUUUCAGAAAUGGAUUUAAUUAAUUGGUCAUUUAACGCGAUUGAUAAGAUUUUUUCUACGAUGAGAACGGAGGAGGGGGCUCCCCCUUGCCCUCAUGGGACACACGCAGCGGGAUAUAUGCUCGAUUCCUGGAAGGAGUGGAAGGUCAUCUGUCUCACUCAGCUGUCCAUUGAGGAGUCUUGUUAUCCUAAUCUGAUGCCAAUGCAGCCUUGAAGCUGCAAAAAAUCAUCCCCCACGAAGGAAGGAAUGCAGACAGAUGCUGUGGAACCCGUCCUACCCCCCACCUUCAGAUUGUGGACUUCACAGCGAGGCCAUCAACCUGCAGGAAUGUGCUCUAUGUUCCUCCCAAGAUCUCUCUCCCUCCUGUGGACACAGCUGGCUGAGCACCGUACAUGGCUGCUGGCCCUGGAAAAACAGGAUCCCAGCCCCCCCUCCAGUGGCGUCUCAUGUUGUGAAUGUUGAAGUUCGUGCUUAUAUGUUUGAGGUGUAUUUUUGCAUAGUACAGCUACACCCUGUCGGGAGUAACUCUGCCUGUCCAGAACUCCCACCGCAUCAUGUCUGGGAAAAGGAGGAGAUUCUGACUGACCAGCACCUCAGUAACCAGGAAAUGACCUUCAGUUUGGACCACGAGGAACCAGAAUAUCCACGGUUGAAAGAGGAACAGCAGGAACUCUGUAUCAGUCGUCAAGAAGAACAGAUCGCUCUGAAGCAGGAAAAUGUUACCUUCAUGGUGAAUUCUGCCUCUGAAGAAACAGACUGCUGUAAAUCAGAACCAAACAGUAACCAACCCGUUUGUCAGAUUUCUCCUGAAGCUGAGAACCAAGAUUUAUAUAAGAAUAAAAACUCAGAAACAGACAGACAUGAAGAAUCGAAGCAAAAUAACAUAUGUAAACAAACCAAAGGGCACGGAGAAAGUUUUGACAAUCGUAAGAAGCCAUUUUUAUGUAAAAUAUGUGGAAAAUCUUUCAGUCACAAUUGUUUUUUUAUUCAUCACAUGAGAACACACACAGGUGAGAAGCCAUUUCCAUGUGUAACUUGUGGUAAACGUUUCUCUCAGAAGAGUAACUUGACAAAGCACAUGAGAACUCACACAUUUGAGAAACCCUUUGUGUGUGAAACUUGUGGUAAAAGAUUCUCUCAGAGUUGUCACUUGACUCUUCACAAGAGAACUCACACACUCGAAAAGCCCUUUGCAUGUGAAAUUUGUGGUAAACUUUUCUCUCGGAGUGACCGCUUGACUGAUCACAUGAGAACUCACACAGGGGAGAAGCCUUUUCCAUGUGUGAUCUGUGGAAGGAGAUUCAGAAAGUCAUCAGCUUUACGUCUUCAUAUAAGAAUUCACACUUGACAAUGUAUUUAUAAAAAUGUUUUGCUACCAAUA